CAGGUUCGGCCAGGGCUUCCACGCCGCCGCGUGCGCCGACCAGUGGGCCGCGCAGGCCAUGGCCCGCGUCGUGGGCAGGAUUGCUCCUGCACGGGUCGUCGACCCGGAGCAGCUCUUCCGGACCUACAACGUGACUGGCACGGGGUCCAUGACCAGGCACGAGUUCGAGCGGAUGCUGCUGAACCAGGGCAUGAACCUGCGCCACGACGAGAUGGAUACGCUGUGGCGGAUGGCGGACGCCAACGGCAACGGUACCGUCGACCUCUUCGAGUUCUGCACCACCAUGCGCCGGUUCCAGCUCGAGGCCGUUGCCCCAGGGACCAGCAGUGGCCUGCCAGGCGCUGGCGCGCUUGAGUGCCUGGCGGCGCACCUGGACCGCCGGCUGCGGGAGAAGGGGCUCACCCUGGCGCAGGCCUUUGCGCUCUUCGACGCCCACGGGUCCGGCUUCGUGGACCGGUCUGGGCUGGGCCAGCUUCUGGCCGCGGCGAACAUCCAGCUGGGCGACGCGGAGCUGAACGACGUGGUCCUCGCGUGCGACACUUCGUGCAAUGGCACCGUGAACUAUAGGGCACUCCUGAGCCUGUUCGACCCCGCCUCCCAGGCCAGCGCGGCUGCCGACGCGGCCACAAGAAUGGACAUCGACAGAGCCGCGUGGGACCGUGUCGCUCAGGUGGCGCAGCACCUGCACCAGCGCGGUUGCAACCUGCAGACGGCAUUCCUGAUCUUCGACGGCAACGGCGAUGGCCAGCUCGAUGGCAACGAGUUCCACCAGCUGCUGACCUCCAGCGGCGGCUCCAUCAGCCGGCAGGACAGCGACGCGGCCUUCGUCCGGGUGGCCGGCGCGCAGGGGCAGCUCAACCUCCCCCAGUUCGUGCAGGUGUUCGGCCUGCCCGCCGAGCUCCUCGCGGCCCAGGCCGCCCCGCAGCGCCCGAGGGCGGCGGCGCCCCCCAUGCCCGGGACGCCCCUGCACUCGCUGCUGGUGCGGCUGUCCGACCUGCUGGAGCCAGACCUGCUGGCCAGGAGCCUGCAGCUGUCCAGCCGCUGCCUGCCCCGCCAGGAGUUCGACCGUGUGCUGCUGGCGGUAGAGCCACAGCUGCAGCACCGGGAGCUCGAGCGGCUGCACGGCCAGGCCCGGCAGUCGCGCGCCGUGCUGCACGACGGGUCGAUCGACGUCCACACCUUCGUGAGCUGCUUCGCUCAGGACAGCUACGGGUCCAUGGGGCAGGGCGGCGACCGCUGGGCCUCGGCGGUGCUGCGGCGCGUGGCCAGGCGAGUGCAGAUGGCGCUGAACGCGCCCGGGAACCUGUUCAGCAGGUUCAACCUGGACGGCUCGGGGUCCCUCUCUCACGCAGAGUUCGAGAGGAUGCUGCUGGUGCUCGACCCGCGGGUGACCCCGCACGACGUGAACGCGGUCUGGCAGCUGGCGGACGCGGACGGGAAUGGGCGGAUAGACCUGUACGAGCUGAUGUCUAUGCUCAGGCGCUCGCGGCUGGAGGUGGAGGACUUGCGGCAGAUGCAAGCGAACCCGUCGUCCAACAGCGAGCGUGACCAGGUGGUCGAGGUGCGCCUUGCGCAGCUGCAGGGCCGCAUGCGCGAACGCGGGGUGCAUCUGGCGGACGCCUUCCUGCUCUUCGACCCUCAGCACUGCGGCUACGUCACCCGCGAGGCCUUCCAGCAGCUCCUCGUGAGCGUGCAGUUCGAGCUGCCCCCCUGGGAGCUGGACGCGAUCUCGGAGUGGUGCGACACGGAGCGGAACGGGACAUUCAACCACCGGGAGCUCACCCGGCAGCUCGACCACGGUGCCCGCGCCAAGGCCGCGGGCGAUGCCGCGCGGGCGGUGCACGAGGCGGCCGCGCAGGCUUCGAGGGCCGCGGCGGAGCAGGAGGCGGUGGCCAAAGCCCAGCAGAUAGCGCAGGUCCUGCACCAGCAGCAGAUAAACCUCGAGCAGGUGUUCCUGCUCUACGACGCCGACAGGAACGGCACGCUGGAGUUCCACGAGCUGCACGCCCUCCUCCGGCAGCUGGACCAGUCGAUCCCGGACGACCUCUGCCAGAGGAUCUUCGAGCUGGCCGCGGUGAGCGGCAGGAUCACGUGCCAGAGCUUCGUCCAGCGCUUCCAGCUCAACAUCCCGGCCGCCGCGCCCGUGGCGCAGGCGAGCUAUGUGGCCCCCCCGGCGCAGCCUCCGCCGCCGGACGCGCACUCGCUGGCGCUCCGCGUGCAGAGCUGGCUGGAGCCCGCCAUGCUCUUCCGGACGCUGGGCCUCGCGGGCCGCCGGGAGCUCCCGAGCAGGGAGUUCUUCCGCCUGGUGCUGGCCCUGGAGCCCGACCUCCGCGAGGACGAGCUCGACCGCGUCCUGAGGCUCGUCGACGACGGGAGGGGCCACGCCGACACGCAGCAGCUGCUGAGGUGGAAGGAGUACCACACGCCACACCCAACCCCGGGGGAGGACCGAUGGGCCAAGACCCUGAUCCGGCGCGUCGCGCGGCGGGCCGGGGCGAUGCUGCAGUCGCCCGAGCACCGCUUCGCGGCCCUGGAGGCGUCGGGCGCAGGCCUCCUGGGCCUCCACGACUUCGAGCGCUGCAUGCGGCAGGAGGACCCAAGCCUGACCCCGCACGACAUCCAGGUCCUGUGGCGGCUCGGCAAGGGCGACCGCCGCGGGGGAGUCGAGCUGCACGACGUGUGCCUGGGGCUGCACGCGGCGCAGCUGGAGGUGGAGCGGGGCCAGCCUCCGGGGCAGCCGCUGAAGCGGGACGCACGCGACCGCGUUGUGGAGGUGCGGAUCGUGCAGCUGGCGCGGCAGCUGGACCAGAUGGGCUUCAACCUGGAGAAGUCGCUUGUGCUCUUCGACCCGAGCAGCACCGGCUUUGUGGACAGGCCCAGCCUCCAGGGGCUGCUGCAGCGCGCCGGCUUCGCGCUCGCGGAGUGGGAGCUGGACGAGGUCAUCGCCCAGUGCGACGUGUGCACGGACGGCCGCCUGCACCAGCGGGAGCUGGUGCGGAGGCUCAGCAACGGGGGCCGCGCGGCGCUCGCGGCCACGAGCGCAGCGCGCGCGGGGUCUCCCCCGCGCCACGGCGUGACCCAGCCGGGCUACCAGGCCGGCGGCAGCCGCCAGGCGGGCGUCGGCGGCUGUGGCGCGCCGGGGGCCUGCGGAGGCUUCGGCGGGCAGCCGGACCGCUACGGCCGUGCUGCGAGUCCUGCGGGCGCCGGCCUGGGCCUUGGCCAGCAGCAGCAGCAGCAGCAGCAGCAGCAGCAGCAGCAGCCCUGGCAGCAGGCGGCGCCCCAGCAGCUCGGCCAGCAGUACGGGCAGGGAGGUCAGACCAGCCAGCAGUAUGGACAGCAGUACGGCCAGCAGUAUGGUCAGCAGUACAACCAGCAGCAGCAGCAGCCGCCGGUGAACCACCUUCAGCAGCAGCAGCAGCAGCACCAGCAGCAGCCUAUGCAGCAUCAGCAGCAGCCCAUGCAGCACCAGCAGCAGCCCAUGCAGCACCACCAGCAGCAGCCCAUGCAGCACCAGCCGCAGCAGGGGUACUACGGUCAGCAGGCGCAGAUGGCGCCCGCAACGUCGCCCUCUCUGCAGAGGGUGGUCGACCAGCUGCGCGCGCUGACGUCAAGGAGCUCCCCCGAACAGGUCUUCCAGAGGGGGGACAUGAUGCACAGCGGCGAGAUGAACUUCGACGCCCUGGAGCGCCUGCUGCUCAUCGAGCUGGGGUCCGUAGCGAAGGAGGACGUGCAGGGCCUCUUCGGGCUGCUGGAUCCGAUGCGCAGCGGCCGCGUCCAGAAGCGCGACUUCUGCGCCUUCUUCCAGCAGGGGUUCCAGCAGGGGCCGUGAGCAGUGCGCGGGGGGUUUCCGUGCGCGCCGGCGGGCCCCAUCUCGACUCUAUCCUGGGAGGAGGAGGAGAUUGACGAUGAGGUGGGGGCUUCGCCUCUUGUGUUUGCACAUGGACGG